AUGGAAAUUCCUAUGCAAGAAAUUCAUAUCAAGAUUGAUGAUAAUUCAAUACCAACCAGCAAAGAGAGAAAUAAAACCGACCUCGCUGAUCAUGCCGAGCCCAUUGUCCUGAUGUCUGUUUUGAGAAGUCUCCACGCGGGUUAUUUCAGAAUAAGCCUAUCUCUCUGCAGCCAAGCUCUUCUUUGGAAGAUAAUGAUCGCACCAGACUCACCGAGCAUGUCCCAUGUGCGUAGCAAUCUCCCUUCUACGGCGUACCAUCUCCUCUGGUACCUAUCACUUGCGACGCAAGUUUCCCUCUGUUUCUUGUAUGCGUUGAAGUGUGUUUACUUGUUCGACACGGUGAAGGAAGAGUUCUCGCAUUUCAUUGGAGUGAACUAUCUCUACGCUCCAUCUAUCUCAUGGCUGCUUCUGCUUCAAUCAGCUCCUACGAUGAAACCGCAAAGCCUCUUGUACCAGACGCUAUUCUGCGUUUUUGCUGUUCCGGUCUUAACCCUAGACACAAAGCUUUAUGGCCAGUGGUUCACAACCGAGAAAAGGUUUUUGUCGAUGAUGGCAAACCCGGCAAGUCAAGUAUCGGUAAUCGCAAACCUAGUGGCGUCACGAGGAGCAGCGGAGAUGGGUUGGAGAGAAUGUGCUCUAUGCUUGUUCUCACUCGGGAUGGUUCACUAUUUGGUUAUCUUUGUCACACUUUAUCAACGCUUACCGGGAGGAAACAACUUCCCGUCCACGUUAAGGCCGGUUUUUUUCUUGUUCUUUGCUGCACCAGCCACUGCGAGCCUAGCUUGGAACUCUAUUUCUGGAACCUUUGAUACUAUGGCGAAGAUGUUGUUCUUCCUUUCAUUCUUCAUCUUCAUGUCCCUGGUCUGUAGGCCAACUCUUUUCAAGAAGUCAAUGAAAAGAUUCAAUGUCGCAUGGUGGGCUUACUCGUUCCCACUUACAUUUCUUGCUUUAGACUCGGUUGAAUAUGCGCAAGAGGUCAAAGACACGGUCACUUCUGGAUUGAUGCUUGUUUUAUCGUCGGUCUCAGUUUUGAUCUUCCUCGGUGUCAUGUUACUGACUGCAGCUAACAGCAACAGACUUCUCAGACGUGAUGAUUCUGUCCUCAUCGGUUCUGUUAAAUGUAAAAAAGACAAGCAAAAAUCAAUUAAAACUGCGACUUUGUAA